AUGUCGGGUAAAGGAAAAAAUUCGAACCCUCCUUCGGUCGAUGUUUCACCAGUCUUCAUUCCCGAUCCCAAUAAUCCUGCAAAUUCAAAUUCGUCUGACAGUCAGCAACCUCAAAAUGACUCUCAAAAUUCACAACCAGUAGGCUCACAACCAACGAACACACAACCGGCGGACCCACAACCAGCGAACUCACAACCAGCAAACUUACAACCUCAAACCACACCACCACCCAACCCGCAACCAUCCGGAGUACCUCAAGCGUCAUCUGCCCAACAAGCAGCACAAACACCCCAAGCUUCAAGUUCAGUAAUCGUUACAACUCAAGCAGUAACUCCUGCUUUCCUAGCUCCAACCAAUCCCAUCACUAAUCACCUUAUGAAUAAUCAAGCAUUAGCCACUACUUCAUCUAGUACUUCCCCUACCCCUGACAAUUCCUACUAUGGUUCUUCAUCUGACGUAACAAAUAGUCCUUCUGGUGCAGUGAUAGGAAUAGUUAUAGCCGUUGUGGUUGUUAUAGUUGUGGUAGUUUUAACAAUAAAGAAAUUAAGCAAAUCUGCUAGAGAUAGAUACAAGGAAAAUGCGAGUAGAUUAGAUGAUGAUGCUAUCGAAUUUAAUAUUGAAGAUCACAGAGAACUCAAUCAUGGAUGGGAUGAUUAUAAUA